AUCUUGAGCGUUUUGAGGGUUUUAAGGCACGAGGGUUAAACAAACUUUGUCUCCGAGUUAGACACAAAAUUUUUAACCACACAAACGCGAGGAAAAUGCUAUCAAUGAAAUAUCAAAAAAGAAAAACACAAAUCAAAUCAAAUCCAAAUGAACGUCGAAUUAAAUUUGUCAUUUUAAAUCAUUAUUUAAAAGUCAAUUACACCAGCUAACAUAAGGAAAUAACUUAAAAUUUGCAUCCGAUUACCUUGCCCCUCAUGUGGAUAAAAUGCAACUUUCUUAUUCGUUUUUGGACAAUCAAGAGGGCCUUUACCAGUUAGUGUGGUGAAAAAUUAUUUAAACGUAACAUUCGAAACAGGAGGCAGCUCGCGUCGGGUCGCGGUAUAUUAAAAUUAAAAUCACGCGCUCUUAAAUUACUCUAAUUUACAACUGAACGGUCGUUUCAGUGCUUUUAAUCUAGUCUAGCUUGAAAACGGGACAAUCGGCGUCCCGCACGGGCCCAAAGCGGGACGCAUACCCUAGUACUCAAGAAACGGGACGUCCCGCGUUCAGCGGGACGGUUCGCAACCCUAACAUGCGAUCAUGACUUAUGGUCGAUAAUCAGCAGGUAUACAGAGUAGGGUUAAUUUUUCUCUGUAAUUCUAGAACGUCUUAGUGGGAGUAAAUAUACGAAUUUAGGUUUACGAAACGCUAUUACUUUAUCUUAUUUAAAAUGUUCAACUAAUUAGAUUUUACGAGAAAGUUUGUACGAAUUAUUUGCAAUACAUGCAGUAUAAAAAGUAAUUAUUUACCUCUACUUAACUCACUGAUAAUUGACAACAUUUCAUUUUUAUAAAACCUGAAAUUUUACAUCCGGUUUGAAAGUAUUUUGCUUCCUGAACACUGCAAUAUAUUAAUAUAAAUAUUAUAUGGCUUAUUACAAAAAUAUAAAAUAAUAAAAAACAUGUGAUUUUACCAAUUCUACGGCACGAUAGUACAUUAUGAUACAAGUGUGCUAAGUUGGUCAUUACACACGAGGCGAUAUUGCACACGCGUUUCAUACGACGUUUUUCAACACACUUGCGAGGAAAAAACAAAACUUUUUUGUCAAAACAGUAAAAGUACAAUUUUUAAAAUGGUGGAUUACAGUUUUAAGAUCGAAUAAUUGCACCAAAGCGUGCUGGGCUUGUAGGCACUUAUUCGCCAGUUCAGUGAAGUAAGCUACAAACACGUUUUCCAAGAAAGACGGCGUUUUUGCUGAUUUUCCACUAAGUAAAAGUUUCAUAUGCCGCCAAUUAUUUUUCACCCGAUUUUGAUGGACAAAGGCUAUCUUUCUCGGCUCUUGCCUCUAUUAGUAUUACUGGCAGCGUCAAUUUUAUGUGUUCUUCAUUUUCAAUGCUCGAAAAUGGCAUUUUCGUCAAUAUAUAAACUAAAAACAUGCAAAACUAUUCCAAUAUUAUGACAAAUACGGAAAAUGGCUGGCGCGAUAUUUUUUUACGCACGAUUCCAAUGCGCGCGCAACUCGCGCAAGGCAAAGGCGCGAACGAAAUCGACAAACACCCAAUUUAAAAAAGCUAAUAUUUUCGUAUUUCUAUUCGACGGAUCAAAUCGAUGAAAUGUCAUGUUUAGUUAUUAAUGUAAUUUACAAGAUAAUUUAAUCUAUGAAUUAUGUUUGGUGGUAUAAAACCUCUUUGGACUAACAUUUGAAACCUAAUAGUUGGUUAAAAAAAAUGUAUUACUCGCCCAAAUUAAGAAGUCUCUGUUUCCAUGCAUAUUAUUGUAUCUCCUUGGAUUUCACGGGCCUAUAAAUCCCGGUCUUUUAAUAGGCUUGCGUGGGAAUAUAGAUCCAACACGUAGAGGCCUCUUGGAGAGCUUUAAUGUCAUGUAGAACGCCUGCUGGAACCCGUUCACGGGCGCAACAAUAGACACCCAUGAACCGGUCGCAACAGGCAUUGGGACUAUUGUAGUAAAGUGAACAGUAUAACGGUCUAUGGAUUGAAGUUUGGGAGGACAAUUAGACUGGGUUAUUGCAAAGAUGUCCGGACACCUGCCAUAACAAUGUUUUCACUAGUUAUCGAGGCAGGCGGUGCAUAUUAUUAUUAUUAGCAAUCAGUUACCUUCUUAACUCAGUCGGAUAGUAUAAUGAAAAAGCCCGGGUGUUAUAAUAUACUGCAAAAGCACACGUGUUUAAUAUCUGAGAUUAUAAGCCAAAAAUUGGUGAAAUAAAAACGUCGUUUUGAGCAAGUGUGUUGAAAUAGGUGUUAUGCCAUUGUCAUUCAUUACGAAAAAAAAUUCCUGUCAUAAUAUUGGGUUUACAUUGUCAAUUAUAUACGACGUAUUGAUUGAAUUUCAAAACAAAGAGAAAUCUAUUUACAUAAUUAAGUUACUAUCUACUAAUCGUUUUUAAAAUGGACAAAGCCGUAUAGAUCGAUGAGCUAUAUACUCCUCCAAAGUAUACCAAAUACUGUUUCGUUCCUUACGUACUGCAAAAAUACCAAAAAUGAUUUGUCGAAGAUAUUGAAAACAAGAAGAUAAGCGUGCAUCCUGCUGGACGAGUUAAGCGGCACGAGAAGAAUGUAAUCAUUGAGGAAGAGAAUGGCUUGGAUAGGAACAAAGAAAUGACGGAACUUUUUCAUGAUUCCCUGUUGUCAAAGGCAACCGAUGAUAUUGGAAAACGUGACAAAAACGAAAUCAUCAACAUAAGAAAGGAAACGGACAGUGCUGUUUUAAAUGACAUUAGGACGAACUCGAACUGUAAACCUCAACCGCAAUGCAGAUAUAAAGAUAAUGAUUAUGUUGGUAAUUUAGAGAAAGAAUUUGCUUUGUAUAAAGUAGAAGAACCUACCUUAUGGUUUUACGUUCAUGUUCAUCUGUUCGAGAAAUUAAGUACCCUUAAAGGAAACACUCUCUGGAACGACAUUUCAAAAGGCGUGCCACUCAGUGUUAGUUCGAUGUCACCGGAGUGGAGCAGCGCAGACAUGAACGUGCAGUACAAGCCAGUCGACCGUGUAGCGAGAGAAGAUUAUUUUUUAUCGAAGAGUAGUUUAAGUUUAUUAGUGCCUCUAUUAGAAGAGAGUGUGAAUGUGACAUCAAACAACAUGGAUUCACUUGAUGACGCCAAUUAUUUACUGGUGCCAACAGAAGAUGUUUUAGAUGUGGAUGAGACUGAUAAAUCAUCAGCGUCUCUUGAGAAUGUUUCUUCUAAUGGUAAAAAAGAGAUCCUACGAAAAGUAAUUGUGCGUGUUGCAAGAGCAUUAAACAAUGACAUGGCAGAUAAAUUAAGUGUUGUAAAUCAAGCAUCGGAGAAGUUCCUAACAAUGCGGCAUCGGGGCACACGCUAUGCUCAAGUUGAUUUAGAAGCACGAGCAGAUGAUAAUCAGCUAGUUCACGAAAGUGCACCCGGCCGAAUUGCAAUUAUUGUUGCUGAUAAUACUAGAGGCAGUCGAUCGACGUUGACGGUGCAAGUAACAAACACGGGUCUCUUCGUGGCGCGAUUUAGAGCACAAAUACGAGAUUGUGAUUCGGACCUGAUAAUACUCUCAGAAAAGCAGGAAGAGGGCAUGACCUCUGAGGCAGUGACUUUGGCGCCGCGGCACACGCGGCGCCUGCAGUUGCGUCUGCAACCGUUCCCUCCCGGCGAGAAUGCUGAACUCCAGCACUGCACUGUUUACCUCCUAAAUGAGGACGGCGAGUCGGUCGCAGUUCGGGACGCGGUUAUUAAGAAAGGCGAUCACUGCUACUGCGUGUGGCAUUGCGACUGCAUCUGUUACGGCGACAACCCCCGGCUGGCGUGUCGGGAGAUGUCUGCGGCAAGGCAAGACGCCGCGGGCUUGCCGGCGCGGCGUGGCGCCCGCUUCGCUCGCGCCUGCCACUAUGCUGAUGUGACCACGAUUAAUAUUGCGGUCGUUAUUAUUGGUGUUAUUGGGAUGUUACUCUUUCUUGGCGUGUUGAAAGGUCUGUUGGGGCUGGUAUGGCCGCGAGCCGGCGUGUGGGGACUGGACUGGAUCCUCGAGGAGCCGAAACCUAUCGACCGCUAUCGCGAGCACUGUUUACGCACCCGCCAGGUGGUAUACGAUACCAAGGGCUGGCCGGUGCAUCCGGACACUCGCAAGAGGACAGUCAGAGUGGUCAGCUUACCGGUGGAGUUUAUGUUGAAUGUUGUAUUUUUUAUGGUAACUCCUGGGUUGGUAGCAGUAGACACAUUGAAGCAUUUAACGAAAGGCAAGUCAUGCCACGCAUCUGUAGCCGUUGGCAAAAACAAUGCAAAACUGCCCAAACGUUCGAAGGAAACAUUAAGCCGUCGUCACGAAUCACAGUUAUUUCCUCUAGUGCAACACGAACACCAGCGGCCUAAGUUAGGCCCUGGCCUUGCAUCGGAGAGUAAUUCUGACCAAGAAGACACGGCCUUCGUUCUCAUGCGCAUGAAAGAGAGCUCGGAGUCACUUGCUAGAAACCAAGUCAACCUCGACACUAAUAACUCGCCUAUUGACGCUACAAGCCACGUGACAACCACGCAGCCAUCUCCAGCUGCCAAGAAAAAUUUUAAUCAGUCUUAGUUCUUUUUCAAAUAUGUACACUCAUAUAUUAGCUCACUUACGUAUACGUACUAGACUAGGGUAACUUACGUAUUUUAUUUUAAGUUCCUGACGACAGACACUCCUCGGCACGGAGUGAAACAUGUCGAGCGUUUUUAGACUUACUUAAAAAUAAGUGAGUGACCCGUUUUUAUUAAUAUAUUUUAUAUUAUGUCUGUCUCACGAAACCUUCAGUAUUGGUAUUUUUUCUUUGUAUGGACUUGAGGGCAUUCAGUAAUAGUUACGAGUAGGGAUGUCAUGUUUUUAUUUUUAAAUAUAUAGUUUUAAAUAAAACUACUGUAACGGAUUAUAGUUUUUUUUAAGCCUGUCCAGGCGGGACAAGUGAGUAGCCAAUUUGAUCAGAUAUUGGCAAUUUGUAUGUCAAUCUCAUCUAGCGUCCAUACCACACACAUUAAAUUGUCAAUUUAUUUAUGAUGAGAUUGAACGAAAAAGCUGUUGAACCACGGGUCGGGAGAGCGUCUGAACACCUACCCACCCUAAAGAGAAAUAAGCGCGAAGUUUGAUCAUUUAAUCUUAUUUAGAUUUUCCUAAUAUACCGACUUUUUCUACUGACAUAGCUUGCAUAAAGAGCGAUUUAAUAAAAGCCGUACAGCCGUACUAUUAUAUGCCAUCAAAUUGGUUUGAGGGUUAACCGC